UUCGAGAGUGUUGCUUUUAUGUUUUGUCGUUUCCCGUGAAAAUAAUCUUUUUUACUGAAACGUAAGUAACGCAAGUGGCGUGUAUGUGCGACGUGGCGUUACCGGGGAACUCGAUCAUAAGUGCAGGCCACCGGGUAAUGGACCUUUGAGCGGACGAACCUCCGAGACGGGAUUCGCUGGGGAGUAGGUCGAAGGUGACAGACAACCGGGUGUACGCAGAGUGGUCUUCGCAAAAACCGCACAAUUAUACCGCCGCCCUUCUAGGCAGUAUCACGGCACCACCGGCCUCUUAAAUAGUACGAACACCCCCGUUAAAAACUGCGUAGAUCGUCGACGAAGCAGAGUCUGUAGUGAUCUCCCGGAGGGUUCUGGUGUAACUAGUGUCAAUCAUGGGGAAUAUGUUCGCAACGUUAUUCAAAGGCCUCUUUGGCAAAAAAGAAAUGAGGAUUUUGAUGGUAGGGCUAGAUGCAGCUGGUAAAACCACAAUAUUGUACAAAUUAAAAUUAGGGGAAAUUGUUACUACAAUUCCCACUAUAGGUUUCAAUGUAGAAACGGUUGAGUAUAAGAAUAUAAGUUUUACUGUGUGGGAUGUGGGUGGCCAAGACAAAAUAAGACCUCUAUGGCGACAUUAUUUUCAGAACACACAAGGGUUGAUAUUCGUCGUUGAUAGUAAUGAUAGGGAACGUAUUGGUGAGGCACGUGAAGAGUUGAUGAGAAUGUUAGCAGAAGACGAACUGAGAGAUGCAGUACUUUUAAUAUUUGCUAAUAAACAAGAUCUGCCAAACGCAAUGAAUGCAGCAGAGAUCACUGACAAGUUGGGGUUGCAUUCCUUACGUAAUCGCAAUUGGUACAUUCAAGCAACGUGCGCCACAAGUGGGGACGGACUUUACGAAGGUCUCGAUUGGCUUUCCAAUCAGCUGAAAAACGCCAACCGCUAAUUGGAAAAUUAUUCUGUCAACAUUCAGUUGCUAUAUUAACAUCAUACAAAAAAACCAGUUGCACACCCAUCCCCCCUGCGACCGAGUACCAUUAUAAAAAAAAAUAAAAAAAUAAAAAACAAAAAAAAACAAACAAUGCAGACCGCAAGAUCUCAGAUCUUGAGUGGAGGAUAUAGAAGAGUUAUUACCGAGAAAAGUCUCCGUGUCAGCAAGUUUUUUUAGAAAAAUAAGGGGGGAAGGGGAGUGUGAAGGCGGCCGCAAACAACACGCGAUCGGACGGCCCACACCGGACUAUUGCCUUGCGCAACUUAUUAUUAUAAUUAUUAUUAUUAUUAUAUUAGCAUUAUAGUUACACUUUUUACACAGAGAUGCCACGCGAGAAUAUGUGGAAAAAAAAAACUUGGAAGUAAUUAUAUUAAAGUACCUAACUCUGAAACAUACGAUAUACACAUUGAUUAAUGAAUAAUUUAAACAACACCUUCGAUGAAGAAAACAAAUUUAAAAAAAAAAAAAAAAAAAAAAAAUUGUGAGAAAGGAGAAAGAAAGAGUUAAAGUACUCCCCCACAGUGUUGUCAGUUUCGAAUGCGUUGGACAUACCGAUAAUUAUAAUGUAGCUGCAUAUUGUACAUUAUAUUAUAUAUAAAUACGAUAAAAUGUGAUUAAUAGACGAGAGAUGUUGCUCUCUCUCUUCUCUGUCCACACUACAUUUGAACAAAAGACGCUCUCACUUCGACGGUGCAAACGCGGUCGAUGCUAUGAAAGAAAGAAAAAAAGAGAAAAACGUAGGAAGUGAUUGCAAACAAAUUGGUGCGAUGCACCUGCUGUUUCCUAGUUACAAGAGUUUCUUUCUAUUUUUUUAAGUUCUCGGCGAUAGAGAAAAGAAACAAAAAAA